AUGGUUCUUAAACCCAGUGAAAAGAUCGGCACUGCCGAUGCCAUGGAUCACGAAGCUGGCGAGAUUGUCAGUGUUCAUGAACGCGAGGAGCUCGAUCGCUUGGGAUACAAGCAGGAGUUGCGUCGCAAUCGCUCGGUCAUUACCCUCCUCUUCCAGACACUGGCCAUGGCAGCCAUUCCCUACGGGGAGGGUGGUCCGCUACUCAGCGCCAUCUAUGGCGGUGGGCAACUCUCCAUCUUCGUCGGAUGGAUCGUAGUCUGCGCCCUCGACCAAUGCAUCGCCCUCUCCCUGGCCGAACUGGCAUCUCGCUAUCCCACUUCUGCAGGUCCAUACUACUGGACUUUCCAAAUCGCCCGUAGCUCCAAAGCAACGAUAUCAUUCAUCAACGCCUGGAUCUGGCUCAUUGGAAACUUGACAAUCACACUCUCCGUCAACUUCGGCUUCGCAUCCCUGGUCUCAGCAACGAUAUCAAUGUACCAUCCGGACUGGAGUGCAAACAGCUGGCAACUCCUCUUGAUCUUCUACGCCGUCUGUCUCGGCUCCUUCCUCAUCUGCACCUUCGCAAACCGCUAUCUUCCCCAAGUGGACAUUGCCUGCGCAACUUGGACCGCCGUCACCAUUAUAGUCAUCCUGAUCGCCGUCUCUGUCAAAGCUGACACAGGUCGCCAUAGCGCCUCCUAUGCUCUCUCCCAUUAUGAUAAAUCCUUUUCUGGCUGGGGCGGCUUCACGUUCUUCAUCGAGGAAUGCUCAAAUCCAGCUAUCAAAGUCCCCCGCGCAAUCGCCCUUGCCAUCCCAGUUGGCGGCAUCGCAGGCCUCUUUUUCAUCAUCCCCCUUUGCGUCACAAUGCCUCCCCUCGAAGAUAUAAUCAAUAGUCCAGGCGGCCAGGCCCUCCCAUACAUCCUUCACCGCGUGAUGGGCUCACCAGGAGGCGGUCUCGCGCUCACAUUCCUUGUCCUUGUCAUCACCCUCUUCUGCUCCAUCAGCAUCACCGUCGCCGCAUCCAGAUCUACAUGGGCGGUCGCCCGCGAUGAUGCUGUCCCUCUAGCCCGCCUCUGGGCAACUGUUCACCCUGGCCUGGGCGUACCGGUCUGGUCGCUCGCUCUUUUAACAGUUAUUCAAAUGCUCCUCGGCUUGAUCAAUCUAGGCAGCUCCUCUGCGUUCACGGCCUUCGUCUCGGUAGGUGUCAUCGCGCUCGCUGUCGCUUAUGCUAUUCCCAUUUCAUUGAGUCUUUUCCACGGCCGUGCGGAAGUCAACCAUGCGCCGUGGAAUUGUGGGAGGUUGAUCGGUACCAUUGCGAAUGUUAUUGCCCUAGCGUGGAUUGCCUUUGAGUUGGUGCUGUUCAGUAUGCCGACUGCCUUGCCGGUUACUCCGGUCAGUAUGAAUUAUGCUUCGGUUGUGUUCGUGGGCUUUAUGGCUAUAUCGGGGAUUUGGUUCCUGAUUUAUGCGAGGAAGUCGUAUAAGGGCCCGCCGGAGUCAGAUGCUUUGGAUGGAUUGGAGUAG